GGCGUGGUGUAGUGCAGACAGGCGGGGUGUCAGUCAUGGAGACAGGUAGUGCAGUCACGGGCAGGUCACGCUGUGUGGUGUCAGGAGCUGAGUGAACAGUGUGAGGCGUGGUGGGGGUGUUCCGUGGCAGGACACCACACACUGCCGCCCUGCCCAGUGUGUCACGUAUGAGGAGCCAAUGAUAAGUGUGACCUGCUAAGGGAUUUCUCCUUCCACACACCCUCCACUAUUAACCCAUGACCUUCAGGAUGGGCCAAACACUGAGUGAGCCGGUGACACAGAAGGAGACCUCGCGCUGUGAGAACUCCUGGCUGAGGGUGGGUGCCUCGUGCAUGCAGGGCUGGAGGGUCAACAUGGAGGAUGCACACACCACCAUCCUAUCCCUGCCAGAUGACCCCGGAACGGCUUUCUUUGCUGUGUAUGAUGGACACGGAGGUGCUCGCAUUGCUCAGCACGCAGGCAAACACCUCCACAAGACCAUCGUCAACCGGCCAGAGUACGGUGCGGGACAGAUAGAGGCAGCCGUCAAGCAGGGCUUCCUAGACCUGGACAAUGCAAUGCAGACAGAUGAGGUGUUGAAGGACGAGCUUGCUGGUACAACUGCCAUCUGCUGCCUCCUGCGGAACAGAACCAUCUAUUGUGGCAAUGUAGGAGAUUCCCGCGCCAUUGCAAGUGUAAGUGGACGUGUGGAGGAACUGAGCAGCGACCACAAGCCCAGCCUUGCCUCAGAGCAGCGCAGGAUUACAGCAGCAGGUGGCUGGGUGGAGUUGAACAGAGUCAAUGGCAACCUGGCCCUCUCAAGAGCCUUGGGAGACUUUGUAUUCAAGAAGAAUGAACUCAAAGGCCCAGAAGAGCAGAUUGUCACAGCUUGUCCUGAUGUGACAGUGCGCGAGUUGACCGAUGAUUGGGAGUUCAUCGUUCUGGCAUGUGAUGGCAUCUGGGACGUAAUGACCAACCAGGAGGUGGUGAACUUUGUGAGGCUGCGGUUGUCUCAAGGCAUGGAGCCGGAGGACGUGUGUGAGGAUCUCAUGACCCGCUGCCUGGCACCAGACUGCCAGAUGGGUGGCCUUGGCUGUGACAACAUGACAGUCAUCCUCAUCUGCAUUCUUCAGUCAGGAUCAUGGAAAGAGCUUCAGGAAAAGUGUGGGCGGCCGUCAGUGGUGCUCACCAGCCAGACCAACGAGGAUGACAGUGACCUGGACCUGCAGUGAGCACCGAACUCAGGAGCCGCCCCGUGGAUCCCAAGACCCAGCCUGCAGGUGGGUCUCAGGCGGUGGCGGCAGGUAGCCUUCUCAUGUUCAUUUUUAUGGUAUAAAGAUUCAUAUAUUCUUUCAUGAUUCAUCCACAACAAUUGAGUAAAUUUUAGGAAGCUCUAUGUAUAUGUAUAGUGUACAUAAAGAUAUCCUAGUGUAUCAGUAGUUAAGACAGUAGUUACAGAUUGUUGGUGGGUCUCCAUAGCCAGAGGACAGGGUUGUACUGUUUGCUGUUUUGGAACAGUUAUCAAGGUACAGAAAUGUGUGAAGAACCAUAGGAGGGUGCUACACUUCCCUACCCUUCUCUGUACACUUCAGGCAAAGAUUGUUUGGAAGAAAAUGCUCCAGCUGUGUAGCUUUAUCUUCAAGUUACUGUGACACAAAGAUUUAUGGCCAAUCUAUGGCAAAAAUGUUGAUCAGGUUGGUCAGACAUGCCAGUUAUCUGCAUACUUGAACUCUAGACAGGAACAUGUUACUUCUGGUAUUUUUCACAACAGAGAGUGAAAUUUAUUACUUCUGGGAAGCAUUGUGGCACAGAUGUGCUGUGGUGCACAAGAUGUGCCAUUUCAAAGAGCUGAGAAAGGUUUCUUAGUGUACAUAUAGGCUUUCCAUGACCUCGUUCCUUAAGGUCACAUGUAUGUAGUGUGUGUGCUGUGUGGAAUCAGGCUUGUAUGUAGUCCUAAGUUUUAUGUUAAUGGAGUUUAAAUGUAUUUGUCACAUCAUUAUUAAUUCUUGUGCUUUUGAAAUGUUUUUGUGGCAAGUAUUUUAUUUUAUAGUUUGAAGCCGUUGGAUUUUUGUCAUGCUGUGGCUUUAUUUCUUGCUGGUGAGUAGAUGAGAAAAGGCCCAUUUCUGUUUUCUUAUAGGGAAGGUUUAUGUCAGAAUUGUCAUUACAUGAUCAUUGUUGGCCGCGGGUUCUGUGGCGCACUGUUCAGAGAUGGGAAGUCUGGCUUCAUUACUUGCUUUCAUUUGAGUUUCUUCAAAGGUUUUUUCCCCCUUCAUAAUAUUAAAUUAACUGUGUUGUUAGAUGCCAAGGUAUGAAAGGUGAGCCUUGGCCUGAGCCAAGGGAGGUGUGAGUGGUCAGGCUGUAGGUCUCAUGUGUGGCAAGGGAACUGUGUGUAUUGUGCACAGUCUGUAUUAAGUACUAUGGCAUCUCAAUGUGAGGAUGCAACACUUUCUGGGAUGUUGAGGCAAGCAUAUGUUUCAGGAAGUGUUGCCUUCACUGCUGCUGAACAGUCAUUAGUUCACUAAUUAGCCUUGUCUUGUUCUCUUUCCUCACAAGCCUGUUAUGUAUUUCAUUGAAUUUCAAUAUCAAAUCUGUAAAUCAUAAUCUAGAAAAUGAGUAGUUCAUUAAUAUUUAAACAGAUUUUUUUCCAUGAAGGGCCAGUUGUUUGCCAUUAUCUGUUAGGUAUUCAUCAAGAGAACUGAACUUAACCUAUCUCAUGUGUUCUUAUCAGUUCUUCAUUAUUAGAACCUUCAUGAUCCAUUACAGUGUGUUGAGUUGCAGUGGAAUGCAUCUGACACGUAAGUUGUCUGUAACAAAAGACAGGAAGCUUUGAGGGAUUUGGUCUGUUGUUAUUUUACCACAGUAUUGGAGAUAAGGAAAAAUAAGAUUCAUAUGGCAAUCAUAGUGAUAAAUUUCUGCACAUAGGCUUGCCAAAUGAUUUCAGAUUUCAUUAAUUAAACAAUGAAAAGUUAGAAGUGUAGAGAGACUUUCAGGAGACAUGUGGUGUGUGGAGUGUGUACUGAGAACCAUGUAAGGUGAAACACAAAAAAUUAAUUCUAGUCAAACUGGUCAACCUACAAAGUGAUAAAGGAAAGUAGAAAAGGUGCUGAUGAAAAUGUUUAAAAAUAGUAGCUGUGUGAUAGAGAAACAAUAAGUGUUCAUUUUGUAUUGGUUGAAUUGUUUACCAUAACUUCCUGAGAUGUGUAGAUGGAGGACUUGUAUGUAUUGAACUGUUUAAGUAGAUACAUGAAUAUCUGUAGGAAAUUCACGGCUCAGGCAAAAAAUAAAAAAAGAUGACAUGAAGGGAUAUUUGAAGGGAACAAUGAGAGGUGAGACCUGUAGUGAUGUGGUCAGUCAAGGUGAGAGAGUUGAAGUGUGACAUUUCUCUGGUAACCCAAAGAGGGAACAGAGCAUUGUGUACAUACUAGAGUGUGCAUUGUAAAAGUUAAACACAUACAUAGGUACAGCUCAGCAACAAUCAGGUUCCUGACUGCUGUUCUGAGUGCCAUGUUUAAGCCUUCAAUAUGACAAUAAAUCCUUUGCAUUGGUGCAUGCCAUACUUUGUGUUCACUCUAAAAUUUUGGCAGUGCAUGGAUUGUAGAGUUACAGUGCCACAGGAGAAACAGUCCCAGCGAUGAUGUAAGACAUGGCACUGUAACAAAUCCAGUCCAUUAAGUGGACCUGUGAGGCCGAUAUGCCAGUGUCUUACAGUCUGUGCUUCAGUUCAUGCUAAUGUACUCCUGCAGUGUUGCAUUAUCAUAUAAUGUACCUUUAGAUUGCCUAUGUGGCUUUCAGAAGUUUGUAAUUAUCAGAUAAGGUAUUAGUGUUAAGAUUGGCAUUUAUCAUUUCUAUCUGGCUUUUAUAACAUUUCAUAUGGCAUUGCUGUGACAGCAGCACCCUGCCUUUCAAUAAAACUGCUUAUAUAUGCUUCUUUCUCCACUUUAUGCCCAUUGCACACUGAUCUUUGGUAACUCCUUCCAUAACUACAACACUCUCCAGCCCCCUCCCCACACACACACACAUAUUUUUUCAUAAUCACAAACUUUUUAAUAUUAAAGCCACCUAUGUAGCACAUCCUUGUGACACCUGACUCCAUGUCGUCCUAUCUCACACUAAGGCAGAGUCUUCUGGGUCCACUGCCAGCUCAGUGUCUUGUGACACCCUUCCCUUUCUGUUGCUGUUUCUAGAUCCAUGUUAGACUGUGUAGCUGCACCAAAGUCACAUAAUGGUGCCAUAUAGUUUAUCCAAACCAUCUCCAUGAAUUUUUAGAUUGAUAAGGAUAAAUUUAUAAGUCAUGUCAUAAUCAGGCUAAAGUCAGACUUCAAAUACAGUGGACCAGAGAUUUUGUUUGAUCAAAAAUCUCAUUUAGCUCAGGCCUCAUUGCUUGUCAGAGAAAUUACCUUAUAGUUCUUUGUGUAUUUCUAGUUCUAGAGAAGCAAUUUACAUUGUGCUUGUGUUGCUAAUAGUGUAAUGUUUCCAUAGUAAAUCUCAGUUGACUGUUGUAUCUUGUCACUUUGUAGUCUGAAAUGCAGCACUACCUUUAUUUGUGACAGUUACUCUCCAUCUGUCACAUUCAGCACACACACACACACACACACACACACACACACACACACACACACACACUAAUUAGGUAACGGUCAUACACGCAUACACAAUGAUGAGAAACUUAACUGUUAACAGUCUUUAAAUCAUGAGUUGCAUAGCAGUGUGAUAAUGAAUGAAUAACUAGAUCUUUGUAUUGAAGUAAGCUUUGUGAUUGUCCUUUACAUGCUGUACAUGUCAUUUACUCUAUCAUUAUCUUGCAUUUAUUUCCACACCAAGCAGCUCUGGAAACAUUUCAGUGCAUUAUAGUUAAUAGCAGGUGAAAGGAAGAGCUGCUCACUGGUAGCUAGUCAGUAUUUAGUUCAAAGUUACUUGUAUGAAAUGAAACACAUUUACUACCUUUACUGUUACCCUUCUUGGGUGAAACUCCCUCAGUCACUGAGUGGGGUCACCAUUCUUUAGUUUCUUUGAGGGCUCCAUUUAGGCAUUAUAAGGUCAUUAUGUUUCCUUCACUCUAGAAUUUCUUUUAUAUUAAAAAUUAAUCUUGUUCCUAAGAAGUAAAAUAGUUGCUGCACUCAGGUGCCUGAUUUAGGUUGGAAUGGGACAGGGCCUCUCGGUGCCAUUCAUGUUUGCUCAGUUAUCUUCCCUCUGUUUAUGUGUCACACCACUCCCUCUUGGAGUGUCCCUCAAGGUGAGGCACUCCUCUCUCCAAACACUUCCUUCUUAAUGGUUCCAACAUUCAGCCUCUUCUAGCAUUUCUCAGUUAUUACUUCUCAAUAGGCUUUGCUGAUCUAUCUCUAUGCCUGCAGUAUUCUUCGUCUGAAAAAUUUACAGCAUUCUAACACCUUUUCAUUUCUCAUUUCCUUUUACUCACAUUUCAAACACACUUAGCUGUGGCACUGACUAGCACUGUAAUAUGUCUUUACAGGGAAUUAGUUCUACUAGUAUCAUUGUAUCAUUAAGUCAUAGAUAUUGCGUUGCUCGUGCUUCACUAAAUUGAUAAACUGAUCCCAUGACAAUCGUCUUCACUUGUGAAUGGGUCAGGAUGUUGAACAGACCCAUUAGGUCCACUUUUUAGGAUAGUGAUGGUUGGACUACAACAUUCUCUAAAGUGAUAUAUGAAAUUAGAAGUUUCUCAGCUUUAGCAGCUUACAUUUGUUUUUCGCUGUUAAAUACCAUCACAUGAUAUUUAGUGUAUAUGUUGUCUUUCUCCUCUCCAUCAGUUACACUUUUGUCUUCAGAUUACAACUUCUAACUCUUAUGUCACCUAAACUGGAAGUCAUCAAAGAGCCUUUUUUGGAAUAAGAUUGAGGAAUGUUUUGUGUAUUUGGCUGUAAAUUUUAGCUUUAGGUUUAGCAAGUUUAUAUUAGCAGAAAAUGGAGAAUUGUUCAGGUUUUUGGUACAAGUAAAUGUUUGUGCAUGAGCUGUGUGUCUUGGUGGUUAACAAACAUAAUAGCACGUGUGAGCACGACUGACAAGACUGCCUGCUCGAAGAACAUUUUUAAGCUGGAGAGCAAACUCACUCUUUUUUUGCCACAAUAUUGUAAACUGCUGGCACCAUUGUCACUGCGUACAUGUCACAUCACUGGGUACUUGUUCUUUAAAGGACUCAUUUAUACUAUACGUAUAUACUACUACUCCAUGUAGGGUGAUAAAAGGUCUAAGAUGCAUGGUGUCUUGCUUCAUCUAAUAGUUCAGUAGUAGAGCUUUCUGAAUACCUGACAGUAGUGCAGGAUUGCUCAAUAAUUUAGUAUUCUCAGAGUUGGCCUUUGUCAAGUGAGUCUAGUCUGAUCUGAGAUCAUCAUUGUUGUUCAUUGAGAAAAUUUGUGUCUACUGUGUGGGCUUUCAUCAUAGUGCGUUGAUGGUAAAAAUGAAAUACUGUAUUACACAUAAGGAUUUUUGAAUUGCUUCAUAAAACAUGCAGUCCAUGCUGUACACCCAGGUGUUCCUGGUAUUGUUAUGUAACACUAAGGAAUUUACUCCUUUGGAAGUCAUUUUCAUACCAAAAUUAAGUUCCUCAUUAUCUUAUGUAAGGUAAUGAUAAAAAAAAAAAAAAACCUGUGCAUAUUUAGACAAGUCUCAUUUCCAUAUUGGAAUGGACAACUGCCACUUCUAGAAACCAAAAUCAACCUUUCUACUCAGGUCAUCUGGCACAAUGUUGUAUACUAUAUUGUUUUUUUUAACAUGUUCACAAUCAUUAACCUCUUUUAGCCUUGACAUACAUGCAUAUACAAUAGUACACCAUAGCCACACACCAUGAUCUAUCAGUAUUGUCAUGGCUUGCAGAGCAGUACAUCAUGGCAUUUUUAUAACAUCAUGUCUUUCAUAGAUGGAAAGCAGGUAAUAUGCUCUUGACACAGACAGUAGCCCAACACUAACCAUGUGUUGGAGUGGUUUCUCCCACUAAUUCUCUGAGUGAAGAUAUAGCAGAGCUUCUUCAGCCAGAAAUACACAACCACUCUAAGAUAGCUUGUGUAAAUACAUACACUAGGCUUUCAAAUUACAUAUGUACAGCAAAGAAGUUUGUGGUUGAAAUAGUAACUGGAAGAACUCACACAUUAGCAGCUUCAAUCCAACACAUAUGGCAAGCCAAGAUGACUGUAGGCUUUCAAGGUGCAUGGCAGGGCAAAAGAGGUUAAGAAAUAUCUGUUCCUCAACACAUUGCUGUAUUUUGUAUGCUGAAAAGAAGCAAGGAAGUUGUUUUAUUUGUUUCCCAAGAAAAUCCUGCUUUUAGCAUUUUUCCUUUAAGUUUUCACCAGUACAUUUGGCAGGGCAGGGCAGUCUUGUCACUGACUGUACCUCCACAUAUAGUAUAUCUCAAUCCUUUCCAUGAGGUUACAGGAUAACCCCCCCCCUUCCCUGCCCCACCACUGUAAUUCUUGAAUGGACUGAUAAUGCACAGAUUACAUUCUCAGUACAUAUAGUUUUUAUAUUCAUUUAAUAAAUGAACAUAAUGCUAUAUAUACAUAUAAGACUACAUUGCAUUGCAUCUCAGGUUAAUUUUGCUGACAGAGAAUUAACCCCAGUUAAGUUCAUUUACUUGUAAUCUUCAGAGUGAAGAGGGAAUAGGGCAUCAAAUCAUUCAAAACCCAAAAUAAAACAAGCAUCUUUUCUUUGUAAUACUUUCUUUUUUGGCAAAGUGAAGUUAUGUGGCAUGUAUGUAUUAUCAAUCUGUUAUGAUGCCAAAAGAUUAAAAAUUAAGGACUGCAGCUUCAUUUAAAUAUUGUUUUCAGCCAUAGACUUCUUGUAUAUCAUUUAUGUUGCAAUCUUAUAUUCAUCAAUUUUUAUAUGAUCUUUAAGCUGUAUGUAUGCAUAUUAAUAAUGACUCAAUAGGAUACAUUUUUUUUUCAUUAUUAAUGUAGCAUUUAUUAGUAAAUUUAACUUUUGAAAUCAUGAGAGAUGAAGUUAAGGAACAAAUAAUCACUAUUAUCUAGCCACAAAAUGUUUAAAGCAACAGUAAAAUCUCAUUUUAUGGUAAUGAACAUAAUGGAGAAAAAGUUUGCUUUGUUACUUAAGUAGAUACAGUUGUGGAAGGAAGUGUUGGUACAUAUACUGAGUCUUGUGUCUCAGAAAGGGAAAUGAAUAUGUAAAACAUCCACCUGAACCUCCAGUAAGCUUUAGUGUGCUGGCAUUACAUUCCAUACCUGUGCACAGAACAGCAAAGCUUCUCUUUCAUUUCCUGGGGCCAAUAACCAAAACUACAUUGCAUAAAUAUUCUCAAACUUUUCAGCUACAGAGGUCCCCACAGUGCUAGGAAAGGUCACAAUGCAGUACAAAAGCAAUGGCACUCACUACAACUGCCAGACUAACACAAUACCACAUUGCUAUACUGCAGGCAUGCAUACGUAAUGUUGUGAAUUCAGUUGUCUUUAUUCUGCCAGGGUAAACAGUACAAUUGCCUUUCAUAUUCAUAAGUUCCAUCUUCACAGUUCUCAUUUUAUCUAGCGGGGACAAAAUGUGAUGGUUCCCAUCUUUGCAGUGCAUUUCAGUCUCUGAAUCUUUACAAUAAGCUGCUAUGGCCUUGCUACACACACCAUGAUAGGCCAUAUCUCUGUCCACUACCUGUAAGACUAAUUCCCAAUAUAAGUUUGUCCAACUUUACACAUGUUUCCUCUCAUGUUGCUACCCAUAAAUGUGCCUUUCCUGUCUUAUCCCAGAACCUAUCAUCAUCAUCAUCAUCAUCAUCAUCUGUUCCUCACAAAAUCCACACUUUACCAUGAAUAUUUUUUUGAUCCCCAGUCUUGUAUUGACACUAGCAGCAGUGUCAUGAGCUAGGUGGACCUCAAAAUCUAAGCAAUUUUACUGACACUGCCAACCUCACAAUGAUUAUUUAGUGCCAUAUGGCCUGGUGCUAUUCUGUUAUUGAUCUAUGUAAUUGUGGGGACCUCUGUAUGAAGAAAGCUGUUUUCAAGUGUACUGAAGUUCAUCUGAGAGUCUAUGUUACAUAAACAAUGUUUUUUGCUUAUUUAGUCUUGUUUGUCACUUAGUGUCAUAGACUCCAUUUGCAAAUUUAUUACCAAAGAUGAGAUUGUACUCAAAAUAUGAACAGCUGUAGCAGCUCACUUGGAGAACUUUUUUAUUCUGCAAGUGAACACAGUAGCGAGUGAACAUGUGUGCUCCAUGAACAGAGUAAACCAGGUCAGUUGCUGAAUUUUGCAUGCUCGUAGAUCAUUUACCUACGUGUUACGCUGGAGCCAAAAUGAUAGCAAUUGGUCUGCAUAUAUGUGCCUAUAUUUGUGUGAGUAAGAUUGAUUUAUGGAGAUAGCUGCUGCUUUGUGGUCACUGUGUCACUGAUGGCCAGGGUCUGUCUGUAUCUGGCAGAGUUCAACAACCUCCUGUCCACCUCAAGGUUGUUUCCUUAGUGAUUGAAUAUCAUCAACGUGAACUCUGCUCCAUACUUGACAUAAAGUUGAGGAUCAGCAUUAUUCAUUUUCUUCAUAACAGUAGUUUAUUGUUUUAAAAACUUGAGUGUUUGCUGUUUUUUAAUUAUAACAUACAGGCUUUUAGAAGUUCUAUUUGAGCUGAGAAUGUGUUGUUAUUACCAGACAAGAUCAGGGAAAUUAGUGUCAUGGUGGCCUGGAGAGCAGCUGCCAGCCAAGGAAGGUUUAUGGCACAUCUUGCUCCAGUUGUGAGACUGCAGUGUGAUAGUAAACUAGUCCUUAUUUAGUCACUACACAUACCGGAAUUAUUUACUCUAAGCUCCUGAACAUACUGAAGUCUUGCCAUCAGGGUACUGAAUACUGUAAUAUAUGUUGUAAGAUAAUGUUGGUGUACAUUGUCAUUCUAGUGUGGCUUUGUUGGGAUGGCCUUGUGAUUGUUGUAAAUACUACAUAUACUUCUAAAUAAAUAUGAAUAAAUUAC